AUGCAUAGCCUUUUGAAGGUGAUCUUAUUUGCGCCAGCCAUAGUAUCGGCGUUUGUUCUACCAUUAUUCUCUGAGUCUGUACAAGAUGGUGAUGCCAAAUACAAACUAAUUAAUAUUGGUACUACUGAUGCAUAUACCAAGGGAUUCGUCCGCCUCGAUAUUGGUCAUGGCUCCCCAUCAGCUGACAUAUCCCCCCUGGACCUUCGACUUGAUAUCUUACAUUCCACAGAAGCAUGUGGCUUUGGAAAUGUUACAAUCGACGGUCAAGCUCUCUCACAGACAUUCGAUCCCGAAACUUUAGUCUCAUCCGGAAAAGGUUCUGUUUCGACAUCGACCAAUAAAAUCGUAGUUGGAUCAUGGUAUUUCGAUUGUAUCUUCAUCGAUGGAAAACCACAUGGACAACUAAUGAAGUUCAUGGUCGAUUUUGUAGAUGGAAAAUCAAUCGAAAAUACCGGAUUCUCUGUUCUAUUCCGACAAACGGAAGAGACUGAAAUCAUGAACAUCGAAACCAUCUCUUCUCAAGAAGACGAAGUCAUUGAGCAUCACUCACCACAAGGUCAAUCACCCGACCGUCAACAUCACAAUAGCCAGCAUUCUGAAGGAGAACAUAAGUAUUAUAUGGGCAAAGGUCUGGAUGGAGAGCAUCAUCAUCACAUGGGCCACAAAGAUUUCAACAUUCACAAGGAAAUGGCCGAGUUUAGAUACAUGAAAGCUCAAUUGAAAGAGUUGAAGUAUCUCAUCCACGAGAAGAGACGUUAUAUCACCAAGCAUGCCCAAGAAGAUAACAAUCGUGAUAACGGAAUCAAAGAUUGUGAUAGUCUCCGAUGCAUUGCUGUAAUUAUUAGCGAAAAAGCUCGCAAAUUUUGCGGAAAGAUUGCUGGCGAUAGGUUUGAUGAGGAAUCCUUCCAUCGUUCGCUUGAAAAGCAAUCAAGAAAAGGUGAGAAAUUUGGCAAGGGACUUGAUGAAAAGCCAGGUAAUCAUAUAUCUGGAAAUAAUACUUGCCCAGACGGACCUGAUGGCAAGGACAAUCAUACUGGCCCACACUUUCCUCCUCCUCACCGACACCAUAUUCUACCAGUUUGUCAUUAUCCUCCUCCUUUUGACUUCUAUCCUCAUGCCCCUCAUCGUGAUGGGCCACAUGGACCUUCACAUGGACCUCCUCCACAUGAAUUCGGCCCUCGCGGUUUUGAACACGGAAGACACCCUGAAAUGAGCCCUUCCCAUCAUGAUGAAGAGGAAGGUAGACCUUGGGAAGGACGUCCUAGACAUCAGGAUGGACAUCACGGAAGACCACACGGAGAUGAGCUUGAGGGAGGAGAAAGAUCUCACAGAGGUCAUGGUGAAUCACCUAAACAUGACGGCCCCCCACACGGACAUGAUGAAUUCGAUGAUGAAUUUGAAGGACGUCACGGACGACAUGGAGAUGACUUUGAAGAAUUAGACCGAUUCCACAGAGAACAUGAUGGCUCCUCACACAGAUAUGCCGACAUUGAUGACGAUUCGGAAGGACGUCAUGGAAAGCAUGCUAUCCCAAAUCAUAAACAAGGUCCUCCAUCAUUCGAUGGCCCAGAAUCUGAUCGUUUCGAAGAAAAUCAUCACGGCAAACCUCCACAUGGGGGAUCAUUUGACGGGCUUGAAGAUGAAGAAUCACAUCACCCACACGGUGAGGAAUUUCAUAAUGGUCCACAUCAUGAGGGACCCCAUUACGAAGAUUUCGAGAACUCCGAACUAGAAUUCGACGGACCUCCCCAUGACAAUCCAUUCCGUGAAGGACCUCCCGAAGAUCAUCCAGGCUUUGAUGAAUCUCCUCCCCACGAUGGACCCCAUUCGGGCUCCGCAAUCCACUUUUACGGUCCUCCCCACGAUGGACAUCCACCCCACAUGAUGGAAGGAGGCGGUGAUCAAGGCCCUCCACCCCACAAUCCACCAGGUUUCCCCAUCCACAUCCUCAAAUUCGCCACCAUCGGUUUCCUCUUCUCAAUCCUAAUAAUCGCCCUCUACCAUCGAACCUGCAACCCUAAAGCCCGUUCACUCCGCCAAGCCCGUCGUUCAGACCGUUGCAGACGACGUGCUUAUUGUCGCGCUGCCCACAAAUCGACUUUCAAAACUUGGUGGACACGACUUACUAAUCGUGACAAAGAAGAAGAAUACGAAGAGAAGGGAGCGCUACUAGAAGAUUGUGACUCCGAUUCCGAAUCUACAAUAUCUAUCGGCGAGAACAUCACUUCUUUCCGCAAUGCCGCUAAUAUAGUUAGUGACAUGAUUGCGGCCGAAGAAGGCCGUUCGCCUAUUUCUUUGCAAAUAUCACAUGCUCAUCGCACACCAGAAUAUGUGGGUUCAGGGUUAAAUUACGAUGGCUAUACAAAUACAAGUGAGAUGGAGAUGGAAGAUGAAGAUGAAGAUGAAGAUGUCUUGCCAGCAUAUGAAGAUCAUGAUCAUGAUGGUAAUGAUGCGAGUACACUGGUCGCGGAUGGUUUUAGAUAUACACCGGGUGGUAGUGCGUAUAGUCACGAGUUAUUCGGUGUUUGGUAG